GGAGCUUGUGAGAGGAGGCGAUGGCCUGCGCAGCAGAGCUUUGGGCCGGCGCGAACAUGUUGUCAUGUCUUCUGCCCGCCGUAUUCAUCCAUUCAUCUUGGUCGAGCAAGAUGCCAUCCUUCUUGCCGCACCGGUCGGUCACAGCCACUGGCAGACACCGCAAAGUGCCACCAAUCAGGCGACCAAGACGGCGGAGGACCCUGCGUGCAGCCGACUCAUCGACUCCGGCGGACAAUGAGUCAUUGCCAGUGCGGCAGAUCCCCAGGGUGAGGAGCAGCCGUCCGCCUCCCUUGGUGUCAGCACCCUCCUGGACCACACGAGAAAGGGCAUCACGAAUCGCCAAAGACCUUCUCAAAGGUACGUAAGACAUUCAUCAUCAUCAUCAUGCCACCUCCCUUGUAUUUGUUCGUCCGUGCUUUGUGUUGUUCUAGCUGGUGGUCGAUGGCUGCGGCCUGACGAGCAGGAGAGCCUUUAUCGCGCUGUGCUGGUUGACGUGACGGUGAGCGCCUGGCACCAGAUGCACCGCAGCUACCGCCUGGAGGACGUCUUUGCCGAGUGGCGGGUAAGAGGUAAGGCGGCAUCGUGGUUGCUUGUCCCCUUAUCUGGCCAUGCCGACGACGGCUGCCUGUCCGUUUGUGUGCGCAGGAGCGUCAGCUUGACUUUGCCGAUCGUGACGCGCUGAUAUGUGCCGAGAGGGAUGGUGAGUCUGAGGCCUUCUCUGACCUCGCCCAGCAAGCUUCACGGUGGAACCCUGCUUACGCGAUAUUUCACAGGUGGACAGAUGGUCGGCAAAAAUGGGCCAAAGGGGCACCUGUAGAUGUUCCGUUCGUUUGUGUUUUCUUAGAGCGCUGCAGCACCCCGAAUUGGGCGACUACGAGGCUUUUCGUCGGUGGUUCAUCCGCGUCUUUUCGUUCGCCAUCCCCACCCCCAGCAGCGUGGCAGAGCUGCUCGACGCCUUCCCGCCAGACCAGUACAAAUUCGCUGACAUCGGUCAGGGGAGAUCACACACAAAAGUCACCAUGUGUUGCCCAAUCCAUUCAUUGAUUGUUGUGUGCAGGUGGCGGGAGCGGCUAUUGGAAGAGGCUGCUGAGGGCUUCUGGGUGCGACGUUCUGGCCUGUGACAGUCAGGUACGCGACACUGACCUGUGUUUCGGCCGCUGGGACGAGGUGGUCGAGGCGAACGGCGACGACUUCGUGAGGGACAACGAAGGGCUGGCGGACCGUGUGCUCCUCUACUGCUGGUCCACCAACCUCCCUGGCAUUGACCACUACCAGGGAGACAGCGUGGUUGUAAUCGGUGAAGACGAGGGAGGUCAGCUGAACAGAAACAAGCACAAGUAGCAGCUCUCAUCUAUGACGGUGUUGUUGGUCUCUUCGCCUGCCUGCCUGUCUGCAGGCUGCACGGGCAAUUUGCUGCAUGCUGGCGCGAGUGAGUGGCUGCUGCAGAAGACCAUCCCCCUGCACCAGUGGCCCGGCAAUCACGACGCUAUCUGGAUCUUCCAGCGGGGCCGGGCCGGGUUCCCUUACGAGAUAAGGCAGGAGGCCAUCAUUGAGGAGAAGAUGACCACGCUGAGCGAGAGCGACCCGACAGCAUUUUACCUGAGGAGUGCCGUCAAGUACAACGGCGCACAGGGGGUGGAGAUUGAGGAGGAUAGUGGAGCGGACGAAGAGGUAGAGACCGAGACAGAUGAUAGUGUGUCGUCGACAUAGACAGCUUCGACAGGUGACGAGUUAAUG